UCAAUUGUUUGUUUUGUUUAUGAAGUAUGUUUUUGUAUAGUGGACACUCGAUGAAUGAGUUUGACUGAUACUUCAAUGAAGUUACUUGUUGGAUCCAAAUAUAGAUAGUUUCGAAUAUUGAUGUUUAAUGAACUUAUGAAGGUUAAUAGAUCCACGCUCUCGUCUGUUUUCAGUUUCUUUUGUUUAUGGAAUAUACUUAAAGUAGUUGACCGUGGAUGAAUGAGUUUAACAUUGGAGUAAGUUGCUCGGACUAGGGUGUGGGUGUCUGAUAGGGGUGCGGAUCUAGAGUCGGAUCCUUCAUGAUCUAAAUAUUAAGAUUUGGGAGUAUGGAUACAGGUUCGGAUAUGGAUGGGGGGAUUCAGCUAAAAAUAAUGCAAAUAUCUAAAAAUAGAGUUAUAUGCCUGAGUUAUGAGACAUUAUUUAGAAAACUUACAAGGUAUUCUGAGGAGAAAAUAUUGAUCAAGAGGAGAAUCCAAGAAGGAGAUAUAAGGAAAAGGACUGACAUAGAAAUUUAUAUAUACAAGAUAUCCAUUUUCUUCAAUUUCACCUUAGCUUUUGGCUUUAUUACGAAAAUCAUUGUACCUGUCCCAAAUAUCUCUAUUGAUUUUGGCCAAAGUAUCCAAAAUCAGUUGAUCAUAUCCGGUACGGAUCCCGCACCCACAGCCACACCCACGUUGUGUCAACACGGGCAGUGGCGGACGUAGAUAGAGCCGAGGGGGUUCCGAACCCCCUUCGAUGAAAAAUUACACUGUAUAUAUAAGGUGAAAAUUAUUUUUUAUGUAUAUAUAGUAGACGUUGAACCCCCUUAACUUCUUCAUUUAUGACUUCUUUAUAUUUUUGAACCCCCUUGACAUAAAUCCUGGCUCCGCCACUGAACACGGGUGUGGCACCGAAAGUGAAGAGUCCGAGCAACUUAGGGAGUUGAUAUUUGAAUGAAGUUUAUCUAGGCUUGUGGGUGUUAUAUUUUGGAUCCAAUCAUCACAAAGAGUGUCAAGUUUUUGCAUUUGAAUGUUUUUUUGGACUUGAAAUGAGUUUGAAGAAGGUUAAUUAUGGCCAUAUGAAUGAGUUUGUUACUGAAGUUAAUACUUGAAUGAACUUCUGAUCUUGGCUUGUUGGUGUUAAGUUUUUUAUCCAAAUGUGUACAAAAGGUCCUGGCCUGAAUGAGGUCAAACCAUGCUAUAUACAGCUAGCUGUACUUUGUCCUCUCCAUUAUUGAGGUGAUCAUCUUCAAGUUGGCAGUGAAGACUAUGUGUUUGAGCUUGCGCCUAAUCGCCAAUGUUGUAGCAUAUUUGUUAGGAUAUAUGAAUGACUUGAAUUCUUUGGAGAUUUUCACUGUCCUCUGCCUUGUCGUACCAUGGGAUCUUACCUGAACUUCAAGAACUUUGGUGACUCAUCACAACCAGAGAGCAGCGGUGGAAAUAAUAGUAAUUUUUUGUUGGGCCGACAAUCUUCCAUAUACUCGUUUACCUUUGAUGAGCUGCAAAGUACAUGUGGACUUGGAAAAGACCUUGGGUCGAUGAAUAUGGAUGACCUCUUGAAGAACAUUGAGGAGUCUCAAGCAUUGCCAUCUUCUGCUGGUGCUGGGGGAAAUUUGCAGAGACAGGGUUCUUUGACACUGCCUAGGACACUAAGUCAGAAAACUGUCGAUGAAGUAUGGAAAGACUUUCAGAAAGAGACUGUUAAUGCUAAUGAUGGAAGUGGGACGGGAGGAUUAAACUUUGGGCAGGGGCAAUCUACCUUGGGAGAAAUGACAUUAGAAGACUUUUUGGUUAGAGCAGGGGCUGUGAGAGAAGAUAUGCAACCAACUGGAUAUUCAAAUGAUGUUACAUUCACUCAACCUAGUAAUAACAACAUAGCAUUUCAACAAGCAACCCAAAACCCUGGACAGUUGAGUAAUCAAAUUGCAGGGAAUAACAUAUUCAAUGUGGUUAGUACCACAUCUUCACAGCAAAAGCCUCAGCUGCCCCUUUUCCCCAAACAAACAACUGUAGAAUUCGCAUCACCCAUGCAAUUAGGUCAACUGGCUAGCCGAGGGACAAGGGCUCCCAUGUCUAAUCCGACUGCAAAUACUAGUAGUAUCAUGCAGGGUGGUGUUAUGAGCAUGGCUCCAGUAAAAGGAGGAUCUCCUGGAAAUCUUGAUACAUCUUCUGUUUCACCUUCACCUUAUGCUGCGUGUGGUGAAGGUGGAAGAGGAAGGAGAUCAUGCACUUCUUUUGAAAAAGUUGUUGAGAGAAGGCGUAAGAGGAUGAUAAAGAACAGGGAGUCUGCCGCCAGAUCAAGGGAUCGCAAGCAGGCAUACACUUUAGAGUUGGAAGCUGAAGUGGCGAAGCUUAAAGAAAUCAAGGAAGAGUUGCAGAAGAAACAGGCUGAAUUUAUCGAGAAGCAGAAAAAUCAGUUAUUGGAAAAGAUGAAUAUGCCGUGGGAAAAUAAACUAAUAUGCUUGAGAAGGACAGUGACAGGACCUUGGUAGUCAAAUAUGGAAGUAGAAGAGCAAAUUCCCGAGUAGACGCUUGGAGAAUUGGUAGACAGGAGAAUGAAGUGAACUAUCCGUUUUCUUCUCCUUUUCUUUUUUAAUGAUCAAAUCAGUUGACGAACCUGUCCGGCGUUCCAGAGAGUGAGCCUGCUCCUCUACCCUCCUCCCAGCUUAUGCAUUGAAAUAUAUUUUAAUUCAGGUCUUUUCGUCAAAUGAUAGAUUACGUGUAGUGCAGCACAGGUGCUGUGUACUGUACAUUAUGUAAACAAUAUUCUUGCAUAAAUUUUCCUCGUGUGCUUUUUUGUUGGCUUCA